CUUCCGAAAAACCUUCCCUGAUUUUGGCCUCAUUCCUAAAUCGCUCCGACGUUUUCAGCUUCGAUUUGCGUAAAUUGUUCGCUCCACCAAUCUUCCAGAAUUCCGGCGACGACCAAUCAGGAAAUAAUAGCCUCAAAAUGGAGUUAGCAGACAAGACGGUUGGAUUUUUGUUAUCGCUAACGAGCUUGUCUAUAUUCACUUACUAUACUUUCUGGGUCGUUAUCCUGCCAUUUGUAGAUAGUGAUCACUUCGUCCACAACUAUUUCUUACCACAGGAAUACGCUAUAUUGAUACCUGUAUUUGCUGGUGUGGUACUUCUAUGCUUAUUAGGCAUAUUUGUAGGAACUGUGAUGCUCAAAUCCAAAAAGAAGAAGGCAUGACUUUACUUUUUUUGGCAGUUCCUUUUUUCUUUUCUUUUUCUUUACUGUUUCAAAGCUUUUUCUUUUUCAUUUUCUUUUAUAAUUUAGUAGGAAAUCAGACCAUCGUCUUUUGUGAUGGUAACAUAUGACUUGUUCGCCAAAAGAUUGUUUAGUGUGUCAAAUGGUUGUUUGUUACCUUCUUAGCAAAGGUAGUUAGGUUAAAUAUAAUGUGGUUUAGUAGUUA